AUGGAGUGGAUUAAGUCGGGCCAAACCAAUAUAAAGAGACAGCACAACUUUAAGCAGCUGGUAAGCGAGCUCGGGGUGAUACAAGACAAAGGAAUCUUGAAAUGCGUAGGCAGGCUAGCCAAUUCAGAUCUAGAGUUCGAUGCCAGAAGACCAGUGAUUUUGCCCCGAGAGCACAGGUUGACAGGGUUAGUUAUAGAAGAGUGUCAUCAGAGAGUACAUCACAGUGGAGUUAGAGCCACGUUAGCUGAGCUAAGAUCAAGGUACUGGGUACCAAAGGGUAGGCAGGUAGUAAAGAAGAUAGUGGGUGAAUGCGUUGUUUGCAAAAAGUUAGUUGGGAAACCGUACAAAACGCGGCCAACAGCUGCGCUUCCAGACUUCAGAGUUAGAGAAGCACCACCAUUUUCAAGGGCGGGAGUAGAUUUUGCUGGACCUCUUUACGUGAAAGGUAAAUCGGGGCAAGUGGACAAGGUUUAUAUCGCCUUGUUUUCAUGUUGCGUGACCAGGGCAGUGCACUUAGAAUUAGUGGAAGAUUUGUCAGCCGGGGCGUUUAGACGUUGUUUAAGAAGGUUCAUUGCUAAAUAUGGCACGCCAGCGUUGGUCGUAUCAGACAAUGCAAAGACGUUUCAGGCAACGGAGAGAGCAUUGAAUGACCUAUUCAAUCACCCGGAGAUAAGAUUGGAUUUAGAGCGUGAAAAAAUAGAGUGGAAAUUUAACCUCGAAAGGGCGCCCUGGUGGGGUGGGUUUUCGAAAGAAUGGUAG